UUUGAGGUGAUAUCGGCAAGUCAUCCCAAAAUGGCGUCUAAAAUAUUAAUUCCAUUACUAUUAUUCACUACCAUUCAAAAUGUCACCCCUGCAAGAAUCUUGGGGAUUGUCCCAACUGCUUCCUACAGUCACCAAAUGUUCUUCCAACAAAUAUGGCGUGAGUUAGCCCUGCGAGGUCAUGAUAUGGUUGUGAUAACAACAGAUCCCACCGGGGAGAACCUCCCAAAUUUCAAAGAAAUCAGUAUUAAGGAAAACUAUGGUCCAUUCAGGAAACUAAUGGAUGCUUAUGGAAGUGAACACAUCAUCUCCUUCUUGAUGAGUGAUAAAAUGGUCAAACUUAACAUGGAGGUCAUAGAGCAUCAGAUGAUGUUACCACAGGUCCAGGAAGUGAUUAAUAACAAAACGGAACAUUUUGAUCUGUUGAUGAUUGAACACUUCCCAGGGAUCUACUAUGGACUUAAACACAAGUACAAAUGUCCCAUGAUAGGGAUAUCAGCAAUCGAUGGGUUCCCUGUGUCACAUGGAGUUAUGGGCAAUCCGGUUCAUGGAGUAUUAUACCCUAAUUCACAACUUCCAUUCCAAGAUGAUUUGAAUUUUGCUCAAAGGUUGACAACGGUAAUCUUUGGAGUUUUCCUCAAAAGAAUGUUUGGGAAUAUUGAUGUUUUAAUAGAAGAUUUUGCUAGGAAGGUUUAUAAAGAUGAUACUAUGCCCACUAUGGAGGAGUUGUUUGAUCAAACAGAUAUGCUAUUUGUAAAUGCUAACCCUUUAUUCACUGCUGUAAGACCUCAUACUCCUAGUACUAUUAAUCUAGCUGGAGGGGUCCAUAUGAAGAAACCUCAACCUUUACCAAAGGACCUAGAGGAUUAUAUAAACUCAUCUCCCAAUGGGAUUAUUUACUUUAGUCUUGGUACCAAUGUCAAAACAAAGGAUUUGUCUUCAAAAAUGCUUCAAACUUUUAUGGAUGCGUUAUCCCAACUACCUUAUAAGGUUCUCUGGAAGUUUGAUGCUGAUACUUUACCAGGAAAACCGGAAAAUGUUAAGAUAACAAAAUGGGCACCCCAACAAGAUAUCCUACGUCAUCCAAAGGUUAAACUCUUCAUAACCCAAGGAGGAAUUCAAUCAAUUGAAGAAGCAUUGUAUUCUUAUAUGCCACUAGUGGUAUUACCCUUUUUCGGAGAUCAAGAACCCAAUGCUGUUAAGGUCAAAGCUAAAGGAAUGGGUCUUACACUAGAUCCUUAUAAUUUAGAUACUAAAGAAUUCAAAGAAACCAUUUUGGAAGUUAUUAAUAACAAGGUUUACAAGGAUAAUGUCAAGAAAUUAGCUGAGCGGAUCCAGGAUGAACCCAUGACACCUUUGGAGAGAGCCAUCUGGUGGACGGAAUAUGUACUUAGACACAAAGGAGCUCAACAUUUGAAAGGACCCAGAAUCCCAUGUUGGCAAUACUAUUAUUUAGAUGUUUUUGCAUUUUUGGGAGGGGUUAUCAUUCUACUCCUAGGAAUAACCUUCGGGGUUAUCAAAUUAUUAAUCAAAGGAAUCAAAAAAUUAUGCUGUUGUAGAAAAACCAAAAAAAUCAAGAAAAAUUAACUUGAUUCAUUGAUAAAAAUCAAAAUUGCAUCAGACAAUUGUCUCAUUCAAUAAAAAUCUUAUCUUAUCAA